AUCACCAUCCGUUUUCCAUCUCCUCCAUCGUUUCUCAUCCUCAUCCUCUUCGUCUUCUUCACAAACCCUCACAGCAGACCUAAAACGUUUGAACGAGGACCUUUCUCUGGUUUUUGUUAGCUUUCGCGGAUGGCGUCGAAGAGGAUUUUGAAGGAACUCAAGGAUUUGCAGAAGGACCCUCCUACAUCAUGUAGCGCUGGUCCAGUUGCCGAAGACAUGUUUCAUUGGCAAGCUACCAUCAUGGGUCCUCCAGACAGUCCUUAUGCUGGGGGUGUUUUCCUUGUCACCAUUCAUUUCCCCCCAGAUUAUCCUUUUAAGCCUCCCAAGGUGGCAUUUAGAACAAAGGUGUUCCACCCAAAUAUCAAUAGCAAUGGUAGUAUUUGCCUUGACAUUUUGAAAGAGCAGUGGAGCCCUGCCCUAACUAUUUCCAAGGUCUUACUUUCGAUCUGUUCGCUGUUGACGGACCCAAAUCCUGAUGACCCAUUGGUGCCCGAGAUUGCUCACAUGUACAAGACUGACAGGAACAAAUACGAGACGACUGCAAGGAGCUGGACGCAGAAGUAUGCGAUGGGCUAAGCCGAUGGUGAGUUAAUAAUAUUUUAGGUCGUCUUCCUCAUUUUUAUGCUCACCUGCCUGUGCCUGUUCUAUAUAUGAAUCUCUAUCUCGGUUUGUUGCAACCAUCCUAAGCUUGACUGCUUGAGCAAAGAAAGGUCGUUAACAUUCCCCUUUCAUUUCCAAUUGGAAAAUAUUUUCUUAUUUGGUUGUGUGGAUUAAUAUAAUAUAUAUAAUAUAUAGGACACUGAAAUGUAUCUUCAGUUCAUUUUCUAUUUUCUUUUUUGCUCUUUUUCUUGGCGAAUAAUACAGUAAUAGGCGUUGGCCUGAUCAUGAACCAAA